GAUCUGGGUUUAAUCUCAUUUUAUUUUCUUUUUAUUGGAUUUUAGAAAAACUUAUCUCCUACAAGUUUAGCUUCUUCUACCUCUCGCUGGAAAAAAAGGAAAGGGAGGAGCAAAACCAUGUCCACUCUUCUCUUUCCACAAGCCCCUCUUACCCUCUCCCAAAAACCCUUCCUUCUCUCCCUCAGAAACCCAUCUUUUUUGCCUCACGCAAGAAAAUGGAAAGGGCCCAGAAGACUAAUUUUAGCCAAAUCCAACGGUAACGAUUCAGUAGACACAACAGACAGGAUAAUCUCUGCCGUCUGUUACUUCUACCCAUUCUUUGACGGGAUCCAGUACGGAAAAUACGUCAUAACCCAGUUUUCUCCAAUUCAAGCUCUCAUCCAGCCUCUGUUCCCAGCUAUAAAAGUCUUUAAGAGCUUUCCCUUAAAUGGGUUUUUGGUGUUUUUGACUCUUUACUUUGUUGUUGUGAGAAACUCCAAUUUUAGCAGAUAUGUGAGGUUCAAUACCAUGCAAGCUAUAGUGCUUGAUGUGUUGUUGAUAUUUCCUGAUUUGUUAGAGAGGAGUUUUAAUCCAAGAGAUGGGUUGGGAUUGGAUUUGUUGAUGAGUUUGGACAGUACUGUGUUUUUGUACCUUUUGGUUUGUUUGAUUUAUGGGUCUACUUCUUGUUUGUUUGGUCAGAUUCCUAGGUUGCCCAUUGUUGCUGAGGCUGCUGAUAGGCAGGUUCUUUAGAUUUCCCAUUGUUGGGUUUUGAUUAUUGUCACUUUUGUUUUUUUUUACUUUGUAAUGUGCUUGUAUUUUGCUUUUUGAAUUAAUAAAUUUGCCAAAAAAAGGGAGAAACUUUGAUCUUGCAA